ACACGGUCGGUCGUUUAUGUAGGAGGUACCCCAGCCUCUGGAAAACAACACUGGCUCGACACAUCUCCACGAAUACUACUGCCGACAAAAAAACACUGGCGGUGAUAUUUAUUACACUGAUAAGGCGACUUACAAAGCCCCAAAGUGUCGUACAUCUUUUUUAAUCUGGCGGUAAUUCCCAUCUCUUAUUGCAACAUGCUAUCAAGGGGGAUUUGCCGAAUAAUUCUGUCUUUUGGGAAGAAAAUUGGCAAAAAGUCUCAAAGGCAAGGCGAUUGCUAAUCUGGAGGACGCUGUAAUUUACCGGUGAAAAACGAUCGUUUUAUCCAGGUUUCCAUGCAGACAGAGCCUCGGAGAAAUCGGAGGAGCCUUGGGACCACACUACGCACCCCCGCUUGGUGUGGAAAGGCCAGUUCGAGCUACAUAUCACGACAAGCUUCAUCGUUCCCCACGCAGUCUCUCCGGGCUUUUUACGCAGAUUUCCAGCGAGUGGUCGGGAGAUGGACGUGGAGAUAUCGCAUUCAGAUCACCCAUGUUAGUCAGGGUAUUAAGCUAUUGCUGAUUUCGGAUGGAUUUGAUGCCCACUGCGAGAGGUUUGUGUGUGCUAGAAUUUACACGCCAUGGAUUCACAACGGGUGGCUGCGAGAUUGGUUAAUCAUUGACUGCCGCAGUUCCAUGCCACAGCCCAAUGACGUGGUGGAUGCCAAACUCUGGAGAGCCCUGUUUCAGGGAGACUUUUCAUCGGUGGAAGUGCUCGAUGCACUGAACAAGGUGGUUAUUUCACGCUUCCCUCUCAUGUCGCAGCUGUCCGGGGAUGAAUGUUCUGCAUCCAGUUGCCCUUGAUUUGCCAUGCCUUGUUCCGAACCUCUAUAGUUUAAUGCUCAAUAGCAAUGAUAUUACCACAAACUUCGCCAUGCGGAUCAAUAGAUGGUAGGAUUGAAUUUUUUCACCUCACACCGGCUCCUUCGCGACCAAUAUAUAGAUCACUGAGACCCGCAAGUCUGGCACGUUCGAUAAAUGUGAGACUUCCAGACACGACAGACCGUGC